AUGAUACACAGCCUUCUCAUUGCCAGCUUAUGGUUCUUUACAAUGGUGUCCAGCAAACGAGUAAAAUGUCCACCGGGUACGCUUAGCGAAGGUCAAACGUUAGCGGCACUAUUUUCGAAUUAUACGAAAAUGCUACCGGAAGGAGACACCGCCGUGGAAGUGCAAGUUGAAAUGCAUAUUCAGGACAUGGGCUCGUUAAACGAAAUCACGUCCGACUUUGAAAUCGACAUUCUUUUCACGCAAUUAUGGCGGGAUGAAUCAUUAUCGUUCUCUCACAUGUUAGCGUGCAAGAGAAAUAUCACAUUGGAGCCGCGCCUACUCCAAAAGAUAUGGACUCCCAAUACGUGCCUGAUCAACUCUAAACGGACUAUGAUCCAUGCCUCACCUAGUGAGAAUGUGAUGAUCAUCUUGUAUGAGAAUGGAACCUUAUGGAUCAACCACCGAUUGUCGGUGAAGUCUCCGUGCAAUCUCGACCUUCGGCAAUUUCCCUUCGACGUUCAAAGCUGCAUCCUCAUCCUCGAGUCUUACAGUCAUAACGCAGAAGAAGUGCAGCUACGAUGGAUGGAUGAGGCAGUGACGUUGAUGAAACCCAUUCAGCUGCCAGACUUCGAUCUGGUUAAUUUCGAAACAAAGAAAGAAAAUCUCAUCUAUCCAAAUGGGUAUUGGGAUCAGUUACAGGUGGUAUUUACUUUCAAGCGGCGUUAUGGGUUCUACAUCAUACAAGCUUAUGUGCCAACCUAUCUGACAAUCAUUGUCUCAUGGGUAUCCUUUUGUAUGGAACCAAAAGCGCUACCAGCUCGGACGACAGUCGGCAUCUCUUCACUGCUAGCACUCACUUUUCAGUUUGGUAACAUCCUCAAGAAUCUGCCUCGGGUAUCAUACGUCAAAGCGAUGGAUGUUUGGAUGUUGGGUUGCAUAUCGUUCGUGUUUGGCACCAUGGUCGAAUUGGCUUUUGUAUGCUACAUCAGCCGAUGUCAAAACAGCGUGAGAAGCUCUGAGCGACGAAGAGAACGAGCACGGACGUCGCAGAUCUGGGCAAAUGGUUCAUGUCGGAACAGAGGCCCACAUACGCACAGUAACGGAAAUGGACCGCUACAUCCACAUUCAGCGAAUGGGUGCACCGUUGCUAGGGGCACGUUAACUCCGCGUGGGACUUCAUCAAAUCUUCACUUACACAUGACUACUUUCGAUUCCGAAACACCUCUCACCUUCGACCAGUUACCCAUUGAGCCACAGAGGCCACUCAUGGAAGAGUUCCGAUCGCCAUCGCCGGCAGCGAAUGUUGGUUGCAUAGCGCGAUUUCACCCGGAAGCAGUCGAUAAAUUCUCCAUUGUUGCUUUCCCUUUGGCUUUCACUAUGUUCAAUUUGGUAUACUGGUGGUACUAUCUUUCGCAGCCUAUCGACGACAAAGUCUCACAAGUAAUGCAGUCUUCACACUGA